UUACGAAAACAUCGGCGCGCUUAUUUAACGGAAAAAUUUAAAAACGUUCGAAUUUCGAAGUUAACGGUUUUUUACUAUAGAACUCAAAACGUUGAUUUGAGCGGACAGUGGUUACCCGAAACCAGAGCAAAGAGAAUCAAAUAUUAUUGUUACGCAAACAAUUGAACAGUUUAUAAACUUUUUACUAAAAUGACCCAUAAAACGGAAGUUAGUUUGAAGAUUCCAAAUACUGAAGACCUUUGUUGCAUAAAUUGCAAAGUGAUUCCUUCCGAUAAGCAGGAUUCUAUUGUCAAAUCCUUAUUUCAUUCUCAAGUUUUAACGUGCAGGCUGAUAAUCUACUCUGUAAGAUGCUGCGUCGCUUCCCCGUCGAUACAAAACGUUGGAGAUGCGGUUCAUGUCGUAGUUAGUAGAAAGUUUUUUACGACUGGAAAAUUACAGGAACAUCUAAAUGAACUAAAAAUUAAGUUCUCUGAUCCUGAAGAAGUCCAUCCAAAGAUUUAUGAAGCUUGUUUGAAGUACACAUUUACAUUUAAAAUUGCACCGCAUUGGAAUUUGAUUGGCACAUCACUCUACCUUCGAGGUUGUAAUUUUCUACCUUUUCCACCUGCUAUUGAUGCUUUAGAUUGGAAUAUUCACUAUAAGGAUGAUGAUAUAAAAAUUGAAUUAAAACCUAUGAAAUUAAAUAUACACACUCUCACACUUGAAUUUUUGAAAAUACCUCCGAGUAUAUUGGAUAACUUUAUAUCAAAUCCGAAUUGCACUAUCGAUACUAUCAACUUAACAUUAUUUCCUUGUCCAUGGGUUUAUGUCUUGCCUAAAUUGACCAGAGCAAGACUUCUAUCAGUUUCUAGGACAUUACCAGACAAAUGUCCUUUUGAUACUUACAAUGAUCUUCGCAGGCAUUGGAAAAAUAUGUAUUCUUAUCGCCUACCCAAAACCAGUGAUGGUAUGUUGUUUUAUGAAGUGGUAUUUCCUUCAUAUCCAAAUGAGCCUUUCAUAUAUCCAGAAGCAUGUCUUUUAUCUAAAACGCCAGAAUUUCUAACGUGCGAAAGUAAGAAUGAAAUAGCUUCAGGAUUUCUUAAAGAUCUAGCUCAAAAUGUACACGCAGUUUGUGGUGAAGUAAUACACAUCGGUCACAUUUAUCCUACACUUAAUGUGGAAUAUUCCUGCUCUAUUAAAAAUAGAUAUGGCAGAGAAUAUGAAGAAAUUCUUAAUAAAUAUAAAAGUCCUUUCUUUAGAACGCCUAGUGAAUGUAUAAUUAUACCAGCAAAUAGCCAACCUAACUUAUCUUCAAAGAUCACAAUUCAAGGAAUGGAUAAAAUGAAGACACCUAUGCGAAAUCAUACUCAGCGAGUACUUUCAAUCAUGGAUAAUCAUAAACGAAGUAAAAAACAUCUUAAGGAGAACAAUAGUCGAUUUUUAUCACAGAUGCCACCAAAAAAUAAAGAUGAAAGGUUUGGUACACAAAAAUUUGGUGAUAGUGGUCUCCCAUUACCAGAAACUGAUGAACCAACUAUCAUUGAUAAUACAGAUGAUAUUAUCUCGUUUUAUGAUAUACCUUCAAUGUACCCAAAAACAUUUCAGAGUUCAGAAACUACAGAAGAAAAUAAGGAUGCACCUGAAAAAAAUAAAGAAAAUGAAUUGAAUUCAAAUUCUAAAAAUGUAUCUGCAGCAGCUCAGCAAUUAUCUCAUUCUAAACCAGUUAUUAAAAAUGUAGAAAAUGUUCAUUUUGAUAUAUCUGCUAUUAAAAAAGUUAGAACCAACGACAAAAGAAGCAGACAGAAUGACAAGCCAAAAAAUGUUAAAACUGAUCAAUUAAAAAAAACAACUGUCAAAGAUUCAUAUAAAACACCAAAUUCUCUUGGAUACACGCCAAACUCAUUUGAGAGAAUCAGAGAAACUUUUUUUCCAAGUCAAAAAUCAAAAGCACAUUAUGACGGUUUUCAAAAAUUUGACUUUAAAAAUGAAAUCGAGUCGUUUAAAUGCUCUCAGCCUCAAAAAUUAAAAUCUAGCUCACAAACUACAGUGAAUAGCAAAAAAUCAUUGGAAAUAAAUAAAAGUAUACAGGCAGAAUCGAAUGAUGAUUUACGCAAAGAAUUAGCUGAUUUUGAUAAAUACAAUUUGGGUAACAACAAUAAUGAAACCAUAGGAAGAAAUGUUUCUGGUCAGGGUGACAAUUUUUCAUUUGUAUCAUCAAAGGAACAGGAGCAAAAAUUUUCAAGAUUUAAAAAUCAGAAAUGCAGUGAUAAGAAUUUGAAAUUAGAUGAUUCAUACAAAGUAUCUGAGCAGUCAAAAUUUCAUCGUUUGAAUGAAGAAUUUAAUUCUUCUCAAAAUUUAGACACUUCCUCAAACUUAUCACCAUCUUUAUUAGAUUACAAAAGAAGUUUUAAAUUGCACACUAUAGAUCACGAAAAACUAAAUGAAAUUCUGCGCGAAGAACAUUCACCUGAAAAUAGUGAGCCAUGCAAAUCUGACACUGAUGAAGAAGAAGAAAUACAGUGUUCACCGUCUUUUCUUGAAGCGAUUACUAAAUAUUUUGAUAGUCCAAAACAUGACAAUCAAAUGGACAUUGAAGAAUCAGAUCCUUCAAUUAAAACAUAUACCAAUGUCAAACCCAACGAAAAAAUGUCUCAAGAACGUAAAACUAUAGAAACUGAUCAAAUCUCAGAAAGCUUUAGUUUUUACAGAAAUCAAAAUAAUUCAUAUAACAUAUCCCCAAUUUCAAGUCCAAAUACUGACUUGUUUGAAGGGUCUACAAACAGAAAAUUAUUACAAACAUGCAAGUCACCACUUUCUAUAUUUAGUAAAAAUGGAUUUGAAGAAAUUAAUUGUAGUAAAGAUUUCAGAACUGACAAAGAGAAUUUUUUUAAUAAUUCACAAUAUUCUCCUUCUAUUGUUGAAAAAUACGAGUCACAAAGGAAAACAUCACGCGAAUCUAGCCAUAAUCAAAGCUAUCAAAGUUAUCUUAAUAAGGAUGUGCAAAAUACAAAAUCAGUUAAAUCAAAUGAAAUCCAGGGACAUCCUCCUCCUCCUAUGGAUGUAGAUAAUAGCGAUUUCCAUAGUAUCUUAUCUGAAUCUUCAGACGAAUCCAAUUCUGAAAAAUAUGAAAGUUACAAGCAAGCUUGUACUGAAGCUUUAACAUUUAAUUAAUUUUAACUCUCCUUAUAGAGGAUAUAAAUCAAUUGUUACACAUUAUCCUUAUUAAAUAUUAUAAUUGUCAAAAAUC